AAGAGUGGACGGGAGAGCAGAGAAGAGGAAGAAAGAACAUGUCCAUCAUGUCGUGAAAUCGUUUGUGCUAUUUUCAGAGGAAUCAAUCAUCUACCGCCAGUACUCAUGCGCGCCUCCCCCACCGGCGGACACCAAGGGGAGGAGAAGGGCAAAGGGGGGACAAGGGAGGAAGCAGAGCAGAUUGUCCCAAAAAAACAACCACCUCUCAAUCACCCCAUACCAGCCACCGUCGCCGUGCAAAAAAGAACGAGACGGCCAAGAUUGCUCUCGCGCCCCCCGCCUUCGAAAUCGUAUAUCCACUGCUGCAGCAAGGUCUCGUGUCCAAAAAGGGAAAACAACCGACAUGGACCAUCCGACCAUGCAUCCAUGCAACCAUCAACCAUCCGGUUUCAAGAUCGCGGGCUCGUUGGCACGCACUCGCGCGCGCGCGCACGCAGACGAGAGGGCGGGGGGCGGAGGGAGCUCGCCGGCGCGUCCAAGCUUACUCAAUCUCCUCGAUCUUGCCGGCCUGCUUGGUGGCGUCGGCGGCCUUGGCGUCGGCAGCGGGGGCCUUCUGCUCGCCCUCGAGCUCGGGCAUGUCGUCGUCGGAGCCGUCGUCGGAGCCGUCGUCGCCCUCGCCUCCCAUGGCGCCGAGGUCCGGCAUGCCGCCUGCGCCGCCCAUGGCUCCCAGCUUGCUGAAGUCGAUGCCGCCGAAGCCCCCAUCGCCGCCCAUACCGCCCAUGCCACCCAUGCCGCCCAUGCCGCCGCCCAUGCCGCCCAUCAUGGACGGGUCCAUGCGCGACAUGUAGUCGUCGUCGCCCUCGGGGGCCUCGUCUUGCUCGUCCUCAUCGACCCACUGUGGAGAAGAU